UGCUUUUGAUUUUGAGUUCAAGUUCACAGCUUCAGACAGGAGUACAGACGUGUGAUGAUGUCAUGAGGAAGCACAUUCCACAAGAAUUCAGCACUCGCUCUGGUGAAUGAGACGCUGGAGUCCUGUGUGAUGUCAUACAGGUUCUAGAACUCAGCUUCUCCAUGCAGGUCUGUGCGAUACAGGGAAGCCUAGGCAAGCAUCGUAUAUAUAACAAGGAGGUAGCGAGCGAGCUCUUCCCAGCCUGCUGGAGUCCUCUGUUAGUAACAGCAUCAUGUUUCAUCGGGUUUGCCCUUUGCUGUUAUCAUUCCGAAUCCCAUCAGAACCAGGCCCAUUGAAGCAGCUGGCCCAGGUUCUGCCCCGUUCAGUUGUGUUUCGCUGCCUCUCCGCCCGGAACGAGUGGAAUUCCAGAGCUGGUCCGUCCCGGGAGAGACCAGGAGCGGACCGGAGGAAUGGAUCACUCCAGCCAGAACUGGAGGACUUGGAGGAAGCAGAAGACGGACUGGAGGAAGUGAUCAGCGCUCACAAGAGAAGGCAAAGAGCGAUGCGGCUCCAGAGAAUUAGGAAAGAAUUCCAGCCCCCGGGUCCACCAGAAAGGAGGCUGACCUGGGAAGCCAUGGAGCAGAUCAGGUACCUGAGACAGGAGUCCCCCGAGGAGUGGACAGUACCUCGGCUGGCUGAAGGGUUUGACGUGAGUCCUGACAUCAUCAGAAGGGUCCUUCAGAGUAAAUUCACACCCCCCUUAGAGAGAAAGAGGAAGCAGGAUGCCAGGGUCCUGUCCAAAAUAGGGCUGAAGCCUGUGCCAAGCGGAGUGCAGGGAGACUCAAAGCUACCGGAGCUGUCCAGCGGGCAAAAUGCCAUGCUGCCGGCGCCAAGAGGCAUGAAAAACACAAGCAGCCAGGCGAGCGGUGUUAGCCUCACCGUUCGACAGGAUUCUGCAGUGAGAGGAGGGGGCCUGUUGCCCUUGGCUGCUAACUUCACCAUGCCCAGCAGUGCUGCCCUUCAGAAGGCUGAAGAUUCCGGGGACUCCCCAGCCCUGCAUUCCAGGGAAAUCCCCAAGCCCGAGCAUUCCGAGGAGAGGCAGGGCUGUUCCACUGAGGGGGAGGAGGAGGGGUGGAGUGGAGAGGUCCUGACUGACCAGGAGCUGGAAAGACUGGCUGAAAGCACACCACAAAGCGCCAUGGAAGUGGUUCAGAAGGGGAAUGAGUUUUAUGACAGCGAAGGGAACUUUCUGUAUAGGAUCUGAAUUAUCACCAGUUCACCAAAAAAAAAAAAAAAAGAUAUGAAAUUGUAACUGGACAGAUUUAUAUUGGAGGCACGUUAAAUUUGACCUGUAACUUGAGAAGGUCUGUGAUGAACGUUGUAACAGACGUGCCUCAGCUGAAGUUCUUGAUGCUUGGACACUGCUAGCCAGUUGUGUCCACUGUCCCUAUUCUUGCUGGACAUUACCUUGCUGUUUGACAUUCACUGGAUGUCAUUCAAUGCAAGCGGCACCUGCAAUAUAUUAUUUAUACAGACUGGAAGGCGUAGUGGCAAGCCCUUAAGGCCAAUUAAAUACUCAGGCUUGGGAAGAAGACUCCUAUUGCAUAGCAGUUUCACCCAGCUCCACGAUUUUAAUACAAGCUUGAUUAGCCACAGUGCAACAAGCUCCGGUCUUCAGCUAAACCCAGGAGUGGAUCAAACUGCUAUGCAAUGGGAGUCUUUGAUUGCCAUCCCUGCAUACUCCACCCUGCCGCAGCUCUGAAGGAAGAGUUUUUUUACCUGUAGCUCCAGACAGCUGCUUCCCAAGGGAUCGGAUCCAGUAUCGUGUGGAGAUCGAAGCCCCGUCAGAUCAUCUGCAGCCCACGCUGCUCUCAGGCGUAUCGCUCUUUUCAAAGUUAUGUUCUGGCUGUCUAAUAAACUGAAAGCCAAUUUUCCGUGUUACUGUUUGAUGUGUUUUGGAUUCCGCACCCUUAUCUUUAUUCUGAAAUUCACAAACGCUCACCAACGUUUUUAAAAUUACAUUCAGUCUUUAUUAAUGGAGUAGCAGGGUGGGGAAAAAAUAAAAACAAACUCUUGAAUUUGCAUUACAAUGAAAAGAAAAAAGUACUGUGAAGUUUAUUAUUUUAAUUACAGCUAUUAUUAUUUUUAAUACAGUCUUUAUAAACCAAACAUUUUCAAAAUAUACAGGAAAAAAAAUAGCCAGUACCAAAGUUAGAGCAAUCCUUUGACAGCCAGGAAGCUGCCCUCGUUCAGAUACAGCGUUACAUCCUUCAGAUGCACUUGAGAAAGCGAGACUUCAAAAUGAAAUAUUGCAAGGCUUACUUCUAUUUCAUGACAGCAUCGAUCAGCAUCACGGCUGAUCUCAGACACCAGCUGGAAGCUGUGCCUCUGAGUUUAUUUACACAGACAACCAAGCAUGGCCAGUUGCAUGAAGCACCUGAAUUCAGAGUUCUUUGAGUUUAAGGGUGUUGCAGAAAGCAGCUUAAUGCAUUUCAGUCAAUCCCCUAGUGAAGGGAAAAUGCCUCCUCGGAGUUUGAUACUCCAGUGUUUUGUGCAAGCAGCCCCUGACCCUACUGACCCCCAUCGUGUUAUCACUGGCUUGAGAUCAGUCCCCAAACUUUAAAAUGCCCACCUCUCAAUCCACCGGGAGGGGAGGGACUGACCAUCUCAAAUUUACAGAUUUGAUGCGACUUGGCUGGUGUUCUAUGAAUGUUAACGUUCCUUUAACCUUCUACGAUGUCAGACUCGGAAUUUAGAAUCUGCGAUGGACGAUCAUUCUAAAGCUGUUCCGAAGGAAAGCAGCUCUGGAUUAAGAUCAAAGCUGCAGCCUGUUUGUCCCGCUAGUCCUUUUUCGUAUUUUAUAGCUAGUGACAGGAUCUUCGGCUCAUUCAGAGUUAGGGUUUGUAAUCUCUCGGUCUUGUAGUGUUGUUUCAAUGUUAUGGACUGUUCUUGCAUUAAAAAGACCAUACUGAAGUACAAGGCUGUUCACUUGAGGUGCAACACAGUAGAUUCUGGUAUGCAUGAAACAUUAGGUGCACUACAACAAAAUAGUAGAUUCCAAAACCUCUAAAUAAUUAAGUUUAUUUUUUUAUCUUUUUCAAGCCUACAAUCAGGAUAUAAAACAACAUGAAUCCACUACUAAAUGUGCCAUUCUCCUACCCCUAGUAAAUUCACAAUGAAUUCAGAAUUGUUGGAACAUUUUGUUAGAAAGCGAAAAAAACAAACUCAAACGUCACAUGCAAAUCCAGUACCCUCUAAACCAGGGUUCCCAAGACGAGUCAUUCUAGCAGGUGGUCCUAAACUCACUAAAUAUAUUCACUGGGCCGUUAAGGUUUGCGCAGGUUUAAGACUCUCAGCAGCUUGCAAAACCUCAUCUAGAGCUUCUGGAGACCGUGCCUUUUAAAAAGCUGCUCCUGUGCCUGCAGGUUAGGGUUGCUGCUGUACUCUGAGGAACAGCAGUCCUCUGAUGCAUGGUUUGUUCUGCAGGUUUGUUGUUGCCAGACACUCUCUGCUUUAUUGCUAAGUUUACAGGUGCUCAAUUCUGAUCCUCCUCACCAAGGGACGAAAAUAACAGCCAGGCUGCAGAACAGUUCUGAAAACCUGACUUGGGUCAGGAAGCUUUUCCAAAACAUAUAGACAGACAGACAGAGACAUAAAACACACACACACACACACACACACACACACACACACACACACACACACACAGAGACACACAA